AUGGCGGACUGGGGUAGUUACCUGCAGAAAGGAGAACAGGCCUUGGACAAGGAGGUGGAAGCGGUGCCUGGGGCUGGAGUGGAGCCCACCCCUUCCAACAGUGUCGAUGCGGCGGAUGACGGGGACAACAGACCCCUCGGCGAUGAUCCAGGAAACGUUGCCUGUCGCACGCGGGAGACCACACACAUGGCGGAACAGGAAGAACAGAAAGAACCAGAGGAGCCAGAGGAGCUCGAGCAGCAUGUCAAUGCUCCCCCUGAGGAUGUCGUGGGUGGCACGCAAGAGAACCCCGUCCGCCGCAACAGUGAUGAGCGAUUACCUAUGCCAACGACUCCGAGCAAGAGGCCUGCCUUGGGCGAUCCUUCUACUACAAUGCGCGCCGAUAGAGACGGUCAUGAGCAAGCCAUGCAUAACACGCGAGAGGAAGCUGGCAGUCACAAUUCCAAUCAUCAACCACUCGAUGGCACAUGGGAGGACCCUGUUGCGAGCAGUCCCGACAAUCAGUUCCUCGGGGACACGCAUGAUGAGAAUGGAAACGGCAACCGCGAUAACAAAUCACACGACGGUACGUGUGGCCAGCCUGUCGCCAUGGAAGGCGAUGGAACCUUUGAGGGCACUCGCCAAGAGACGCCUGGUAAAGGGUGCGAGGAAGCUGAUGACAGCGGCACACUGGUGCAAGACAUCUCCGAGACCGGCAGGGACCUCGUUCCUGGCGAGCAUGAUGCGUCUUCCGGCAAUGGCACCCACGAGGCAACCAUAACCGGUGCGCCUCGGGACUUUAGCAGCCAUUGUGAACACGAGCUCUGCAGUGAGCCACAACCGAGUCCUUCAAGGCACCGUGGGCGUCCCAGAUUUGUGCGGUGUCCGAGCCUCGAAAAGUGGUGCAAUAAAGCUGUGGCGGGACGAGAAGUGGACAACAGAAGGGAGCGCUAG